AGUUACAAGCAGUUGGGGUUUUACGAUACUCAAGCUGAUAAUUUAACGUGGUUUGAUGUUGAAGUUUGGAAUGGUGGAAAAGUGCCUCAAGAUAGAACAAUCAUAAAACGCGUACUUAGAACGGUAUCUCUACCGCUUUUUAUAUGUAUGUGUUCCCUUUCUAGCAUAGGAAUCUUCGUAGCGAUAGGGUUAAUCAUAUUUAACCUUUGGAAUAAGCACAGAAGAGUGAUACAAUCAUCACAUCCAGUAUGCAACACGAUAAUGUUAAUUGGAAUAAUCGUCUGUUUGGCCAGCAUAUUUCUACUCGGUUUAGAUGGAAACUUCGUGUCACCCGAUUCUUAUCCUUCCGUGUGUCAAGCUCGCGCCUGGUUAUUAACGACAGGAUUCACCCUUUCUUACGGCGCGAUGUUCAGCAAAGUGUGGCGCGUUCACCGAUUAACGACGAAAGCGAAAAGUGACCCAAAAGUACGAACGAGAAAAGUCGAACCGUGGAAACUUUACUCGAUGGUGACGGGUCUUUUGGUUGUCGAUUUCGUUAUCCUUUUAGUUUGGCAACUUCAAGACCCCUUACAAAGGAAGUUGGAGAUGUUCCCGUCGGAGCAACCCACCAAUUCAGCCGACGAUUUUAAAUUGAGCCCGGAAUUAGAACAUUGUGAAAGUGAUCAUAACAAUAUUUGGUUGGGCGUUAUGUAUGGAUAUAAAGGAUUAGUUUUGGUCUUUGGGUUGUUUUUAGCGUACGAAACUCGCUCAUUAAAAGUAAAGCAAAUCAACGAUUCGAGAUACGUGGGGAUGAGCAUUUACAACGUCGUUGUUCUUUGUUUAAUUACGGCUCCCGUUACGAUGGUUAUCGCGAGCCAACAAGACGCUAGUUACACUUUUGUUGCUUUGGCGAUCAUUUUUUGUUGUUUUUUGAGUAUGGCUUUGAUUUUUGUGCCGAAGGUAAUCGAAGUUGUGCGUCAUCCUAGGGAUAAAGCCGAAAGUAAAUAUAACCCGGACGCUGGUGUUUCGAAAGAGGAGGAGGAAAAAUACCAGAAACUCGUCACGGAAAACGAAGAACUUCAACGAUUAAUAGCUCAAGUACAGUAAUACAUAGAUAUAACUAA